GUUGGCACCCCUGACUGAGGGGUGAGCAUGCGCUGACCUUGAAUUGCACGAUCAGCUGGUUCAUAUCAUAUGUUAACACCAUUGACCGCUCAGUGUAUGUUCGGCAUCUGGCGUCUGCUAGUCGAUCACUCGCCCGCGCCAGUGUAACUCUGAGUGAAAGUGAAGUUGAAGUGUUGUGAUCUCAACGCUAUAGCUGACUUGUAGGAGGUAUAAACAACAUUGUAGUUGCAUCGUAGCAGACUGAAGUGUCGUGACUGGAAUAGGAAAUAAAUAUAAUAGGAGCCGGGACAUGGGUGCUGUGCCGUGGCUGUGACAACAGAUAUGACUGCCAGAGAAAUAGUGCUGGACGGAGGGUCCCCGUGGGGGUUCCGGAUGAACGGGGGCGCGGAUGUCGGCCACGCCCUCCGAAUAUCAAGGGUGAACCCCGGCAGCAAGGCGGCUCAGAGGGGUAUAAGAGAGGGUGACGUCAUCACUUCCAUCAACGGACAACAGACCAAGAGCCUCACUAAUGGGGAGAGCCAUGCGUUGCUGAGGAGUGUGGAGGACACGCUGAGGCUGGGGCUUAACCAGGACGCCAACGGUUCGCCCAAGAGAAGAAGUAAAGAGCCUUUAAAGAGAGAAGCGUCUAGCAGCUCCACCCCGAGUACCCCAGUGCCUGCCUCUCCCCUCGCCACCCCGGGGGACACGCAGGACCCCUCAGGGGCACAAGUGUAUGUUCGUGGGAUAUGGAACUCAGUUAAAAAGACAAAGCAGCAAAAUAAAAACAACGAGAGAAAGCCAGAGAAAGUUAAUGAAAUGUGUUUAGAAGAGACAGUAUCGAAAACAACAGCAAGUAAAGCAAGAAGAUUGAGGAAGUUGAAACUGAAGAGUGCAAGACAAGCUGAGCAGUCCAGCAAGGAAAGCAGAUCGACGGAAAUACAGGAUAUACAAGAAACUGAAAUAAACACGGAGGAAGAGAAAAACGUCAACAACGAGCUUAUAGAAAUCACCAUAGAAGAGACGGUGCUUACUGCACCUAAUGUCACAGAGGGUAAAAGUCAUUCCGAUAACUUGGGGUCUGCCAAAGUAGGGGAUGGCAAUGGCAUUCCUCAAUCCACCAAUGAUGCAAAUGAUUUGGAAAAAACAUGCAUUAGUAAAACAAAAAACAAAGGGAAAACAAAAGGUUUUAAACUAUCUAAAAUAUUUGUAACUAACACAGAACAAAACUCAAGCAACAACAAUAAAUCGGGACCUGAAACAGCCGUGGCGUGUAACGAUGCUGAUCAAGAAAUAGUCAAUGCAAAAACAAGGAACUAUGUGAAUGAAAACGCAACUUCUAGUGGUGAUAUUGAAAUACUGAGGGUAAAAAUUGAUGACGUGUCGAAUGUUGCUCACUCUGAGACUACUAAUAGUCAAUGUCUAGAACAAACAGUAGUAGAUUCGUCGGAUUCCCAUAUAAAUACCGACCUAAAAAAUAGUGAGAAAAUACAAGAUAUCAACGCAUUAAUUAAACUGACGUCAUCUGAAUUUGGUGACAAGAUAGUAAAUUCCAGUAAGAUAACUGAAGCAACCACUGUUCUGGAUACGUCAAAUCAAACUGAUAGUUCUCAAAUUGACGUGCCAUCAAAAAUAGAAAUAAUUGAUAUAGUUGAAUACUCUAGUCAUAGUGAAGAUGAGUUUAAGUCACAAAAUAACAAGGAACAAAAAAGUAGACCAAUAUCUAUAUUUGUAGUACCACCUGAUAACAUAGCUCAAGAAGCUGAAUCCAUUGAAAUAGAUUGGGAGUCGGUAUCCGAUUUUGAAGGACGAUCUCUAACUAUAUCUUCUGACGACGAUGACGUGCGACCAGAAACUCUAAUUCAUCUGCCUUCUAAUGACAUGGAAUCAUCUGCUGCGUUGAAAGACGGCAGGAACGGGAUAGUUCAAGUUCACGACUAUGAACUCUCUGUUCAAGACCUGUAUAGCCGAUUCAUGGAACCUGAAGAAGAGGCUCGUUUAAGAACAUUUCUUGAAACUCUUAAUUUAUCCAAACCUGAUGAAUAUGAUGAAACCUCGUCUUCUAGAUCAUUUGGAGAUUCUAGCUCGAACACAUCUAUGUCUGAAAACUCGCCUAUUCCACAAACUCCUGCUGAUGAAGUCGUUAUAUAUCGGCACUUGAAAACUCAUAGCGUAGCAGAAUCUUGUUAUAUUCCUCCAAAACGUCGACAUUUCUUAGACGUGAUUACAGAAGAAAACAGUGACCCGAGUGACACAGAGAAGAGGAGUGGAAAUAUAAAUCCAUGGGAAAAUCCAGAACUAAUAAGAAAAAAUAAUGAAAUAGAAUCCAUUCCGAACGAUUGGUAUGACUCUGAUGAUGAGCCCGAAAUUACUUCUGAUGAUGGAGGUAUAGACACAUCGUGGGGUGAGGGUAAGCAACUUGAUGACGUUGAGGGUGUAGAAGUAGUAUUUCUCAACAGUAGUAGUGAUGAUGAGAUGGUUCUAAGGAAAACAUUCGAAGAAAAGUUAGACAACAAACAGGACAACAAAAAUAAAGCGGAGCUCGUCAUUGUUCAUAUUGGCAACACUGAAGAUGUGAAGAAGCUUACAGAUGUAAGUCCUUGUUUGGAUUCAAAUAAAAUAACUAGUUCAAAACACGCUAUGGAAGAAAUCAUGGCAAUUUUAGACAGUACGUACGAAAUAAACAAAGAUCUUUUCAAUAACCCUUUAGUUAUGAAUGCCACCUGUAAUGAAACCAAAAUAAUUAAAUUCGACAAAUCAACAUUAGAGGACACGUCAAAAUGUACUUCAAAUUUAGGAUGCAACCAUGAGAUAAAAUCUGAAAAUAAAGAAACUAAGCGAAAUGUAAUGAACCUUGAUUCUAAAUAUGCAUUGCCAGAACGUUCCCAAACGGAAAAAUUAAAUGGCGAAACACAUUCAACUGGAAAUCAAAAUUUAGAAGCCGGUUUUACUGAAUUUCCGUUGCCUGAAGAAUCUUCAGUGGUGUUCACUCCACCGAUGUUAUCGAGACAGAACUCCUCUAGUAGUGCGACAUCACAAAGCACCGCAAAGUUCAAUGCCAACCAAUCGCCACUGUCUUCUGAAGCUGAGGAUAAGACGGAUAACCAAAUCAAUAGGAAAAUUAAGUCCAAGAAGAAAGUAUACAAUCCUAAGACUUUAACACAUUUAUCUAAAGAGAUUAUUACCAAUCUUCCACAUGGGGAGUUUUAUCUUCAGAAAAUUGGUUUCUGUAAUGACGAUAUUACUGAAACCGAUGUUAAGGAGAGUAGCAGGGUAACUAUCAGUAAUGAAAAGCUAACAUCCUUACCUCCUUCGGGAAUUUCAACAAGACGGUCAUCUUUUUAUGAAUUGGAAAACAUAACCCAUCAACAAAGCUAUAAAACCCCGUAUACAGAAGAAGAUUUUUCUCCUCGACCUGUUCUUUUACAGUCCCCACCUCCUUCAACUCUUACUUCCCCACCACUGAACGACGACCCGUGGCUGGGACUGCCGACAUCUGCAGAUCGUAGACUCCUAGUCUGUUUAUCUCCCUCUCAGUGUAAGGACAAUCACAUAAAUAAUCCAAAAGAAGCUACAGAGUUAUUGGAAUUGCAUAAAAAGUUUGUAGAAAGACGAGGAUAUCACGAGUCCUCUAAGAGAAGUUCUACAUUUUCACCCAAGAGCGAUAGAAGUCACUCUCCUGGUUUUAAUUCACCCGAUCUAAUUAGACUGGAGCCAUACAAAUCCAAUAGUGCGCAAGGAUACACACCAGAACUAUUGAUAGAAGCUGCUAAUUUAUUAGCGCUAAAAGAAUAUCGACAAAGUAGACUGAAAAGUGGGCCACAAUCGAACUCUUUUAAAACGCCAGAACUCACUAGUGUUAAAAUUAACGGUAACGUUUUAGAGAAAAACGGCGGCUUAAGUGAGGUGACGUCACCACAGACGGAAAUAAACGGAGAUUCAGAAGACCCCGAUGCGAAUAGAUCAGCUGGCACUUCAAGACUCCUGGCUCUACUCCAAGACGGCGCACCGUGUUGCUCGCCCAAUAACACUGCUUCGUCUGAAAUGGUCCGCGUUGAUAAAAGUGACGACACUAAAGCCAAACGUGUGCAUCGGUACUCCGGGAGUUACAUAUCCGAGUGGUUGAAAAUGUCUGAAAACGUAAAUUCUCUUUCAGAAAUCUCUUCAAAGACUGAUAUCAACGAAAAUGUUAUACACGCGAAAAGUGCGAAUGAAUCAUCCAACGAAUCAUUGACUUUAAACGGGUUCGAUAAAUCAUCCGUUGAACCGAGGCAGUUUAAAGCCGACAAAUAUAAGAUCUCAAAAAAGGGUGACAUCGCUAUUAUGCCAGAGGAGAAUGAGGUGAAACCACCGAAAAAGAGCGACAGGCCGAAAUCCAUGCCACCAGUUGGAGUGCCGGCUCUGAGUCCGUCAGGCGGGGAACAGUUUCGUGAACAAAUGUACAACGAAUAUAUGAAUAAGGUCGCCGAGCGGUUCGAGAGAAGACAGCAGAAAGUGAUCAAGAUAUCGAAUCGACCGCUUUCAAUGUGCGGAAACCCCGAAACAGAAGUUGAAAAGAACGCCCAGAUCGCUCCGACGAACAAAUUAGAGUCGGAAUUCCUCAGCAAAGUCCGCGAACGUAUGAGCAAGCUGGGAAUCAACUUGGACGAAGACCCGAGCGGCGGAGAGGGUGGCGAGAACGCCGACGACGCUGAAGAACUGCCCAAGCAUCUGCAAGAGUUCAUGGAGCUGACGUCACAGACCCCUGAUGCGCCGGACACCGGUGUGUGGUCGCCAGGUACUACACCGGAGCCUAAGAGGAAGGAGUUUAACUUCACAGAAGCCCAGGAGGACUCCAAGGGAGAAGAAGACCCCAUUCCUCCAGUUUGGACACCCAAGAGUGCCCAGGCCUCUCCCACCAGCGAGCGCAAGUUUAGACCUGUCAACUUUGAGUCUCCUACGCCCACAAGAAAAACAUACAAUCAGAAGUCUUCUGAAGACACACCAAAGCCACCGACAGACUUGCCAAUCUCCGUGGAGUCUCCUAGCCACAGUUCCUCAUCCACCAGUCACAGUCAGCUGACAUCUUCCUCAGCCUCCUACAGUCACCACGAGACCUCCAGCAGACUGGUGACUAGCAGCAGUCUACCAGACACUUCCACCCUCAACCCCACCAUCACUCUGCUGCAGAAGGCCAGAGAAGGGCAGCUGCCUAGAGGAGCACACUAUCUGGACCAAAACUCAACCAACAUCACCGAAAAUAGAAGCAGUUCUUCCCUUGACAAGAGAUCAAGUCCCCCUUCAGUCCGGUCUAAUGAAGUUUUAUAUUCGACUCGACGAGAAUACGAGAGUGAAAGUGAAGAUAAGCGGCCAAAGAAAACUGUAGAAAUAACUCCAAAGAAAUAUCAAGGCAUUGGUCCAACAACCAAAGAUGGAAUCCCAAUAGUCUUGAGAUCAGAGGUACAAGAUGAAAACCAACACAAGUGGUACAAACGAAUGUAUGACUCCCUGCAGAGGGCCGAAAAAGACAAGGAGUAUGUUACUGUUCGAUACAAAACUCGCAGAGGCAGGUAUCCGUACACAAACUCCGCAGGAUAUUUGUCAGAACCGGAGCCUCUAGGGGGCUACGACAGUGAUAUCGCAAGUGCCAAGUACGCAACUCUCGAUCGCCGGCGAAUACGCAACCGGGAUAACGAUUUCACGACAAGUACCAUGCCCAGAACGAACAAAUACAAUGCAGUGAAGCAUGCAGUUGAUGUUUACAAAAACCAGCCAGGGCGAAUUGAAGACUAUGAACCAGGCCACUCGUCCAUUGCUGAUAAAGAAGCAAAACAGUGGUGGGAUGAAGUGAUGGACAUUUUUGACGGGCAAUUUGAACAGACGCAGAAAAGUUCUCCUCGAACUCACACACCAGCCACUACUGGCACAAGCAAGCCUUUCAUGACUUAUGCCUUGAAGGAAUCAGGCUACGAGAGUGACUCGACUCUGGUGUUCAAACGCAGAGACGAGACUCAGCAACAGCUGUCUCCCGCAGAACAGAAACAAGCGUACAAAGUGAUACAAAAGGGCGGGGACGUUCCCCUGCACGGGCUGCGCAAACCUGUGCCUGAAAAGCCCAAAGAGCCUGUGAGAGGUCGUGUCCCUGCUGCCCCCACCCCCCUCCGCAGCUACUCUGCUCAGCAAAGACCUGAGUCACCGCACCGUUAUGUGGAGUCUGAGGUGACAAUCCACUACCGCAGUCCCGUGCGGUCGGAGGAGAAGGAGGCCUGGCCUGAAGAGGAGCUGCAGCGGCGCCAAGCGGAGGCCAUGCGGCGCAUCUACCAGGAGGAGCGACGGCGCAAGUACCUACAGGAACUGCAGGACAUGUACAGUCGGCGCCACACCGACAACUUCAUACCUUCACAAAAGUCCCCGAUUCCUCUGAAUCGUUAUGAUGACUUUGUGGAUGACAGCAGUCCUGGACGGCCUCGAGACCGCACACCUGAGCCCAAGCUGGUGGCUCGCGCACUCUACAACUUUGUUGGCCAGUCUUUAAGAGAGUUGACUUUCCGACGAGGGGAUAUUAUCUAUGUUCGAAGGCAGAUUGACAAGAACUGGUAUGAAGGAGAACACAACGCAAUGAUUGGACUCUUCCCAAUCAACUACGUUGAGAUUAUCCCCUAUGAUGGUAUACGAACUGUUCCUAAGAGACCUACUGAGGGACAGGCAAGAGCAAAGUUCAACUUUCAGGCGCAAACACAUCUGGAGCUGCCUUUAGUUAAAGGAGAACUGAUAGUUUUAACAAGAAGAGUGGACAACAACUGGUUUGAAGGAAGAAUUGGUACCAGAAAGGGAAUAUUUCCUGUAUCUUAUGUUGAAGUUCUGGUUGAACCUGGAGAAAGGGCAAUGAGCCCUGUGAGAGUCAACACCCCCACCAAGCCCGUUGCCUCCCCCGCUGCACACAGUCUACACAUGGGCUCCGUCAUGUCUCAACACCACUACACCCCGCCACGCCCCGUCAGCUACACCUCUCUGCCAAGACAGAAAGCUACAGAGCUGAAGCAGCCCCCAGUCAACCAAACGCUGCACAUCGACACUCAGAAUGAUCCUGUGCCGUAUCGUGUCUUGUACAACUACAAGCCACAGAACGAGGAUGAGCUGGAGUUGGUGGAGGGGGAGACGGUGUACGUGAUGGAGAAGUGUGACGACGGCUGGUAUGUUGGCUCUAGCCAGCGCACCGGCUACUUGGGCACCUUCCCUGGCAACUACGUCGAAAGGAUAGUAUGAGAAACAGAAAGCGAUUGCAAAAUAAAGAAAAAAAGAUGACAACAAAACAGACACCAAAGAGUUUAGCAUGGGUGCUAUCCAGUACCUGAACAAAUGGUUGGCAUCAUUGAACAAUGCUGAGGAACAUUGGUAACUAACCGGCAACCAUUUGUAAAUUAUCUUCUUUUUGAGAGUUAACGCACACUCAAUCUUAGAGUAUAAAAAUAUAGAUUGCCUGUAUAAUAGCUACAAGUAACAAUCACAAUAUGUACCAAAACAUGCUAGUUCCUUGCAAUUUACCAGCUAAGCUUUACAAAUAAAGGAACUAACAUAAAGGACCAUUGUAAAAAGGACUUGUAAAUUAAUAAGAUGUUAAACUUUUGCGCAAGCUGUAGAAAAGUUGCCUUAAGAGUCAGGGUAAUUGAAUCUUUUCAUAUGUUCUCAGUGUAGUUUUGUACAAUAUUCAGGACAAACCUCAGCACCUCACAGUAGGCUAUGUAGAGUCAAUGUAAAGUUCUAGCAAACCAAAGAUAUAAGAGUUAUUGUUUUGUAAAUACUGUAAUCCCAUUAUAGUAAAAAAAAACUAGAAGUGGUAUUUUUGUAAUCACAACAAUGUGCUUCCAUUGUCGUCAUAAAUUUCAAGUUUAAUAUUAUGUUGUUUUUUAUUUUAUUUUGUGAACAAAAAUAGUAGAAUGUCAUAAAUCUUAAAGAAAGUGAUGUUAAAAUGAGUUAUGUAUUUAAUCAAAAAAAUUACUUUUUUGUGUCAACUUAAUAGUAAAUAAUCAUGAAACAUAAAAAUAAUGCAUUUUACCACACAUAAAAAGUUAGACGUUAGCAGUUAUUCAUGAAAUAUAUUGACAGUAAAUGUAAACUCGAUAGGAUGAUGUUUUUUUAUUAAAGAGUGUUUUAGAAAAUUUCCCAUAUAGGGAAGAAGCUAUUUAAUAAUAUUGUGUUUACUAUUUAAGUUCACAUUAGCUUCCAAGAAAUAAGUUCAAUAAUUUAUUGUUAUUAUUAUUAUAGGGUAGACAUUACUUCUGUUGACACUAUUUAUGUUAGUAUAAAUCUCACAGAUAGUAUUCAAUACUACACUAUACUAUUUUGAUUAAUUAGCAAUAGCUUAGGGUAUAUUUAUUUUUUUAAUAAGUUGUUAUUCUUUGCUUUUUGUUUGUUAGUCAACUAUUUUCACAUGAUUUUAACAUGUUAUUAAAAUAACUCCUAAUAGAUUAACUUGUAUGAGGAUAAAGCGUUUUGGAUGGACAUAUCUGACUAAUUAAACUAGCUUGAAAUUCUCAAUUGUUCAUGAAUUUUUUAAUAUAACCUUUUAUUAGUCUAGUCAUUCAAGAUAUAACACUUUACAGUUGUAUCAAUAAAGAAUUGUGAGAACUAA